CGAGAAUAUAUGUGUGUGUGUGUGUGUGUGUGUGUGUAUAUAUAUGAGAGGAAGCAAGCAAAAUCAGCAGGAUUAGAUAAAAAUGGAUGCUACACAGUUGAACCACCACAACAAGCAAAGUGAGCUCCAAGCCUUUGACGAGAGGAAAGAAGGGGUGAAAGGGUUAGUGGACGCAGGCAUAACAAAGCUCCCAUCAAUCUUCAUUCACCCACAGCAAGCCCUCCUUCACCAAAGCUCUCCUCCGCCCGCCGCCCAAGAAGAAGACAGUACUAUCCCGACCAUCGACCUCCACGGCAUUCAUGGGGACGACGAGGCAAAGCGGAGGCGGGCCGUGGAGGAGAUGAUAGGCGGAGUGAGGGGUUUCUUCGAGCAGGAGACGGCGGCGAAGAAGGAAUGGUACACCCGGGAUUUGUUUAAGAGCGUUGUGUACAACAGCAACUUUGACCUCUUCUCUGCUCCCUCUGCUAAUUGGAGGGACACUUUCUACUGCGUCAUGGCUCCUAACCCUCCCCAUCCCCAACAUCUCCCUCCAGGGACAUUCUUAUCACAUACUCGAAUGAAGUUCAAAAGUUGGGGAGUGUUUUGUUCGGACUAUUGUCCGAGGCCUUGGGCCUCCAACCCAACUAUCUGGAGGACAUUGAGUGCAACAAGGGAGAGAGUGCUGGCCAACGAGCGUGGCCCGAGGAUAUCGGUGGCAUGUUUCUUUAGCACAUACUUUUUGCCAAUGCCGCGACGUUAUGGACCGAUUAAGGAGCUGGUGUCGGAGGAGAAUCCGGCAAAGUACAGGGAAACCACAGUUAACGAGUAUCUGUCACAUUAUAAUGCAAAGGGGCUUGAUGGAACUUCUGCCUUGUUGCACUUUAGGCUCUAAAUUUGGCAUUCUCGAGCUGUUAUUAAUUAGAAGCACAUAAUUUAUAAUGCAACAUAUGGGGGGCAAAAUGUUUUUUUUUAAUGAACUUUUCUCAUGUGAGAUAUAAACACGUAGUAUUGUACUCCGUAUGUUCUAAUAAGCGAGCUUACUCCAUGGUGACAUCAUUGCAGGGAGUGUGUUGUACUCCCUCCGUUCCACAAAACACUUCCAUUUUAAUUUUUUGUGCACCCCAUAAAAUACUUCUAUCCCACCUAAAAUGUCUAAAAUAUCCUUAAAACAACUUCUACCCGCAAUAAACUACAUAGUGGGAU